CGGCCCGAGCCGCUGGAGCGCUCGGGGCCGCCCCCGGGGGCGCUCGCGCGCCCGAUGGGCGCGCCGCUGCGGGGCUGAGCGCCUCCCCUCGGGCGCCGGGGCCCCCGAGGGGGGCAGCCCGCGGCCGCUGCCGGCGGUGGCGCGCGGGGGCCGCCGCCGACCGCGCGCGAGGCCCCAGGCGGCAGGGGCGGCCUGGCGCCAAGCUUCUUGCAGCCAUGAGCGGAGGUCACCUGAGCAAGGACUUCUUCGAGCUCGUCAAGGCAAUUGGCGAAUCCCGCUCGAAGCAGGAGGAGGACAAGAUCAUCGUAAAUGAAAUCGCGGUCCUGAAGCAGCACCUGAGCCAGCCGGCUAUCCCGCCGAAGAAGAUGAAGGAGCUACAUGAUCCGCGCCGUCUACGCCGAGAUGCUCGGGCACGACGCGGGGUUCGCCUACAUCCACGCGGUCAAGCUGACGCACGAGAAGAACCUGCUUGCGAAGAGGA